UGGAAAUUAUCUGCAACUCGCUGUCGCCGGUUAUAGCUUUAUUUCGUUUCGUUUUGGACACUCAGCCGUUGCUAGACGUCUCCCGACCGUAUUUCACGUUCGUCGUACUGUGAAAGUCUUACUAUCAUGUAGCCUAUACUCGCAAUUCUUGCGACAUCGACAAUUAAGCAGUCCUAUUAGGGUCUUGCUCCGCGUUGCAUUGCUCACGGGGGCCAAAAUGCCCUUAAAUCAAAGCAAUCCAGAGAAAACUCCGCCACCACCAACCGAUUAUUUUCCUCAUCUCCAUUCCUUCAGCGGCAGUCGUGAGACGGUGCUAAGCAAUCCACCAGAAUGGCAUAACGACUCAAGCCUCAACGCGACCGCCAACAACAAUCCCGCAGAUGUUAAUAUCUCCUCCUCCCGGGAAGACUCUGAUUUAUUGGAUAUAGAGAAGCUACACUUGCACACUCGGCAUCAUGUCGACCCUCCUGGACCUAUCACAGCGCACAGCAGUAGCUCUGAUGACUACCGCAGCGUCAUCGACGACCUAACACUCGAGAUUCAACAACUAAAGAAGGAGCUCAAGCGCUAUAAGCAACCAGGUCCGGCCUUGCUCCAUAAAGACAAGCUGUUUGAGAUCAAGGUUUAUGGGCUGCCCCAAAAGAAAAAGAGAGAGCUCGAAACCAUACUGAGAGACCUUGCCGCGGAUCACGAUGGGUCUCCAGAGGCGUCAUCAUCGCAAAAAAGGAAAAGGAUAUCCCCCCACAAUCGCGAUCACAUAUAUUCCAAAUCUGGAGUUCAGCGCAGCCAUGCUCCCUCCUCAGGUUCCAGCCUCCGGCCGGCUGACUCCGCUUACGCCUCCAUGUCAGCCGGUGGCGAGUCUUCGAGAACGCCAUUUUACCUCCCUGUCUUGCCUUCAACCAAAUCAUCAAAGGGCAAGGUGGAGGACUAUCUACGAGAUGUCCCUGACGCAGUGAUCGGAAUGGUCUGGUCUGACUUGGUCUUGGUCUGGUCUAGACCGCCAAGACUUGGUCUGGUCUGA